CCACCAGUAGAACUAGUAGAAAGUGCAGUUACUAUUAAAGAAGAUCCUUCCUUGAGCAAAAAUAUUCCUCUUUUAAGUUCUACUGUGUAACAAUGGCAGAUGCAGCUUCCAGACAGAAUUUACUCAAUGGUUCCCAAAUGGUUGAAGUCCUAAAAAAAUUUAAGUCAAAUAUAAUGAAGAAAGCUCCAUGCUUGUUAGAGGGAAUAGCAAUGCAAGAGGCUGAAAGAGGAAUAAUCACUAAAGAACAUGUGGUGGGACCGUUUCAAACACUAUUCAGGAGAAUAGAGAAGACACCAAUCAAAUGCAAUGACAUCUUUAAACCUCUACCUGCACACAAGAAACCCAUCAGAAGUGCGCUGACAAAGGGAAUCGCUGGAAUUGGAAAAACAGUAUCUGUGCAGGCGUUCAUUCUGGAUUGGGCUGAAGGGAAAGAGAAUCAGGACAUCCACCUCAUAUUUCCACUUCCUUUUAGAGUGAUGAAUCUAAUGAAGGACAAACAACUCAGUCUUCUAGAGCUUAUUCAUGUUUUUUCCCCAGAGACAAAAGAAAUGGAAAUCUCCAGUGGUGAAUAUAAAGUGUUGUUCAUCUUUGAUGGUUUGGAUGAAUGUCGUCUGUCUCUGGAUUUUCACAGCAGUGUGAGCUUGUGUGAUGUAAAUGAAUCAGCCUCAGUGGACAUGAUUUUGACAAACCUGAUAGCGGGGAAUCUGCUUCCCUCUGCUCUCAUCUGGAUCACCUCCAGACCUGCAGCAGCUGAUCUCAUCCCCUCUAAAUGUAUCGAUCGAGUCAUAGAGGAACAAGGCUUCAAUGAUCCGCAGAAGGAGGAAUACUUUAAGAAGAGAAUCCGUGAUGAGAGUCUGUCCAACAGAAUCAUCUCACACCUGAAGUCAUCCAGGAGUCUCUACACCAUGUGUCACAUCCCAGUGUUUUGCUGGAUUUUAGCCACUAUUCUAGAGAGAAUGUUGAGUGAAGCAGAGAGUGAAGGAGAGAUCCCCAGGACUCUCACUCAAAUGUACACACACUUCCUGAUCAUCCAGAUAAACAUCAAACAUGAGAAGAAUUAUGAAGACAGGAUCUUCAAACUGGGCAAACUGGCUUUUGAGCAGCUUGUAAAAGGCAAUCUGAUCUUCUAUGAUGAAGACCUGAGAGAGUGUGGCAUUGAUGUAGCAGAAGCAUCAGUGUACUCAGGAUUGUGCACUCAGAUCUUCAUAGAGGAGUUUGGCUUGUAUCAGGGGAAAGCUUUCUGCUUCGUUCAUCGGACCAUCCAGGAACAUCUCGCAGCACUAUAUGUGCAUCUCUCCUUUAUACAUGAAGGCAUAAAUGCUUUUAUUCAAACUACAAAACCAAGAAAACCCUAUACCGUAAAACAGGUUUCAACGUUUAAGCUUCAUCAAAGAGCUAUCGACGAGGCUUUACAGAGUAAGAACGGACACCUGGACAUUUUUCUUCGCUUUCUUCUUGGCCAGUCAAAUCCGUCAAAUCUGGUUCUUCUACAAGGCCUUACGACACAGACAGGAAGCAGUUUCUGCAGUAACAAAGAAACACUUGAUUACAUCAAAAAGAAGUCCAAAAACACUUCACCUGAGAAAGCCAUCAACCUGCUUUACUGUCUGAAUGAACUGGGUGACCGUUCAGUAAUUGAGGUGAUGCAUCGUUUUCUGAAAUCCAGAGGAUAUAGACAAACAAGACUUUCAUCAUCUCAUUGGUCAGCAUUAGCAUUUGUUCUGCUGACUUCAGAGCAGAAGAUGGAUGUUUUUAAAUUAAAUGAAUUUGUUUAUGAAGAAACUAAAGCAGAUGAAGUUCUUCUGAGGCUGAUGGCUAUGGUUCACACAUCUAAAGCAGUUCAACUCCAGGGAUGCAAGGUCACUGAUAAAAGCUGUCCUGCUCUGGCUUCAGCUCUGAGAUCGAACCCUUCACACGUGAGAGAAAUUAAUCUAGGGGCCAGUAGUAUAGGAAACUCAGGACUAAAGCUGCUCUCUACUGGACUGGAGGAUGCACACUGUAACCUAAACAUUCUGGGGUUAAAUGGUUGCGGUAUAACAGAUGAAGGUUGUGCUACUCUGGCCUCAGCUCUGAGAUCGAACGCCUCACACCUGAAACAGCUGGAGAUGUCUGAAAACCAAUUUGGUGAUGCAGGAGUGAAACAUUUGUCAUCUGCACUUGAGAAUCUGCACUGUAAACUGCAACAACUUGGUCUCUCAAGUUGUGGCAUAACAGAUGAAGGUUGUGCUGCUCUGGCUUCAGCUGUGAGAUCAAACCCCUCACACCUGACACAGCUGGAGAUGUCUAGAAACCAAUUUGGUGAUGUAGGAGUGAAACAUUUGUCAUCUGCAUUUGAGAAUCUGCACUGUAAACUGCAACAACUUGGUCUCUCAAGUUGUGGUAUAACAGAUGAAGGUUGUGCUGCUCUGGCCUCAGCUCUGAGAUCAAACCCCUCACACCUGACACAACUGGAUCUGAAUUAUAAUAAAAUAAGUGAUUCAGGAGUGAAGCAGCUCGCUCGUGGACUGGAGAAUCCUAAAUGUAAACUGAACAUACUGUGGUUAAUAAAUUGUGGUAUCACAGAUGAAGGUUGUGCUGCUCUGGCUUCGGCUCUGAGAUCAAACCCUUCACACCUGACUGAACUGUAUCUGAGCUAUAAUAAACUAGGUAGCUCUGGAGUCAAGCUGCUCUUUGGUGGACUGGAUGGUCCUCAAGGAAAACUUGAGAAGAUUGAAUUGGAAAAUUGUGGUUUCAGCAAAAUUGCUAUGAGUUCAUCACAACUUAAAGAACUGGAUCUAUCUUGGAAUAAUCUAGUACAUUCAAAAAUUAACCAGUGGCGGUGGGGCAGAUUUAAUAUUGCAGAUCAAAAAUGUGUUUCUCUGGCUUCAGUUCCGAGAUCAACCCCCUCACACCUGAAACAACUGAAUCUGGCUUCCAUUAGACUCGGACACUCAGGUGUAAAACUGCUCUGUAAUUCACUGGAGAAUUCGCAAAAUAAACUAGAAAUACUCAGGUUAUAUUGCUGUGGUAUUACAGACGAAGGUUGUGCUGCUCUAGCUUCAGCUUUGAAAUCAAACACCACACGUCUGAGACAAUUGGAUCUGUCAGACAAUAUGCUGAAAGAUUCAGGCGUAAACCUGCUCUGUGCUGGAUUGGAGAAUCCAAACUGUAUACUGGAGGGACUGCGUUUGAUAAAAUGUUGUAUUACAGCUAUAAGUUGUGCUGCUCUGGCUUCAGCACUGAAAUUCAACCCCUCACACCUGACAGAACUGAAUCUGUCUCAAAAUAGCAUAGGAAUGCUUGAAAAAAAUGAACUCUAUGAACUAAAGGAUAGUCCAGAUUAUAAACUGGAAAGAGUGAUUAUGCUUGGUUGCUAUAGACGGGACACACAGUGUGUAAAUGUGUUUUCUAUGUUACGACGUAAGUAAACAAUACUGAUAAAGAAUCUGUUAUUUUGUUUAAUGGUUUUAGGUAAAAUCAGCCCACAGAUGAACUGAAACUUAGUUUAGUGGAGCAUUUAAAAAAAGUGUAGACGUAACAUAACAUUUGCUA